AUGGGUGCUCCCUCCUACGCACAGACCUCAGUGCUGCCAACGGACUGCAGUGAUGGACGUCCCUCGGAUACGGAGGAGCUGCUGCAGCAACAGCACGACCACCACCCCACCACCCCUAUUCCACCUCCUGCGCCCCCUUCACCCACCCCCACUUUGCCACUCAUCGAUAUCACCCCCACCCCUACCCACAACCCUACCACCAACACCAACACGCCAAACAACAAGCAACAGCUCAACUUCGAAGGCUUUGAAUGUGAUGUCAGUGUGGAAAAUGGUGGAGAUGGAGCCAAAGAUCGUCAAGAAUUCUCGUUUACACUAUAUGACUUCGACGGACAUGGCAAGAUUACCAAAGAUGACAUUGCCGGUUUAGUGACGACAAUCUAUGAGACUCUGGGCUCUUCGAUCAAAGUACCGCACUACGGCAGCAAAACCAUCAAAGUAAAGCUGACCGUGUCGCCCGACCAGAAGGGGGGUGGUGGAGGCGGAGGCGGGGGCGGUUGCCUAAAGGGGGGACCACCGCCUCCGCCCCGCUACAAGCGCGACCUGAAUGUGACGAUCCGCGAGAGGCGGCGCCCGGCGGCCCACCGGAGGCGGCGGCACAGUGUGAGCAGUUCCGCCCCCAGCGAGGACCGUGAGGCGGACGUCUCUGCCGCUUCCGACGACGAUGACCAGCCGCCCCCACUCAACUCGCGGCUCAACUUCAUCAACAGCCGCUUGGGACACCCAGGCAAUUCGCCGUCAUCGGGAACCUGCUGUGGUCGGAAUAAGAAGCGAUCAAGCUCUUUGCAGAGGCAGCAACUACUACAAAUAAUUCAAGCCAAUAUGGAGAAGAACAAUCUCAAUUUCCAGACAUCUAGAAAACAUUGUAAUCUGGACACGGAGCACCAGCAGCCGAAAGUGAUGAACAACGAGGGCAGUCGACUGAACCAGCAGCGCGAGCGAGAGCGCGAACACAAGCGAGGCUCCUCCCAAGCGCCUCCACAGCCUCCUCGAUCGUCGCCGCACCACCUCAAGCACCGGCACCGCGAGCAGGAGCAAGCCAGAGCCAUGGCGCAAGUGGUGCGGUGGCUCGAACAGGAGUUCACACCGGCCUCUGCCUCGGCCUCGCCUCGAGGCACCUCGCACCACACACACCAUUCGGCCUCGCAGCACAAGCUCAGGCACGAACAUCACCACAUACACGAGUACAUACACCAUCACUACCACCAUUACCAGGACACGUCUGUUGUAGUUUAGCUAGCCAACUAAUUCUUUAUUAUUUUCAAUUGUUAUCCGUAUUUCACUGGUUCUAUGUAUUUUACUGGUUCUCUCUUCUACCUAUCAAGCUGGAGUCUAGAUCAGUGAACGUGGCACGCACAGUGAACAUAUAAUUACCAUUAUAAUGUGUAUAAAAUAAGUUGGGACUUGGCCCUCCAUUCGAAGAAAUUACAGCGUUGCCAAAUCGUGUAAGAUUGCAAUUUUCUCAUGUUACCACAGAAUUGGAUGUAAAAUAUCAUCUAUUCCUACUAUAUCAUGAUUCGUUAACGUCCAUGAAGAGCAAUGAAAUAGAGAGAGCACUUUCAUUUUUCAGUUUUAAAUACAUUAUACAUUCAUCCUAGUAGUGCUGAAAAAGGUUCAGGGUUGAAGAAUCAAAAGGAGAUUUGUUUUUUUUAUGAAAUUGUAAACAUGUUGAUAAUACCCAUGUUUUUCUUUUGAAUAUUACUCCCCUCAGAAGUAUAGGAUGUCGUAAUGAGUGAGAAUUUUUUAUCAAAAUAACAGGGAGAAUUUUUCCUUUCUAAUGGUGUCUGGAUCAUUUUUAUCCGACCUUUAAUUAUUCUGUAAUUGAUGAUUAUGUUCGUCAAUGUCAAGACAUUUCGAUCAGAAAACAUGAAAUUUUUUACUUGCUGUAAACGUUUUUGUUUUAAAAGAUAUAUGGGUGGUAAAAGCUUUUCAGAAAUAUUGAAAUUAUUUUUCCAAUUGUCAAAAAUAGUCGGAAAAAACGUAUUUUAUACAAACUAUAGUUCUAAUUGCCCGGUCGAGCGAGUAUGAAUGGUCCCAUUAGAAGUUAUGGGAAUAAUAUUCUUACUGAACUGAGCACGUUCACUGGUAUAGGGAAUCCAGCUUCACUCGUUAAAAACAUUUUUCCUAUGACUCAUUAUUCGAGUCAAAUUAUUAAUUUCAUGAUACCAAAGUAAGUCAUUGUUUGAAUUUACGAAUGGUAGGCUUCAGUUCAUUCAAUCCAGUUACAGUAUCCAAUUGGCCAAGAGAAAAUAAUUUAUUCAAUAACUUGAAAUAGCCUUUGGUAGCCUAAUUAAUUAAUUCUUUGUUGAGCAACUAUUAAAAUUGUAAGUUUACUUUUCUAUUCAGAAAUUCAAGUUAGAAAAUUAUAAAUAGGUCAAUAUUUGUUUGCUUCAUUCAAUUAAAUGAAUAAAUAUUUCAAGAAUUUCAUCCAAUGGUUGCACCAAAAUAAAUAUUGGCUUCUAGUACAUUAUCAAAUUUUCAAUUUAGAGCCAGUAGAGUAUUUUUACCUUUUCUCAUAGAUCUUACUUCUCAUUUUUAGAAAGACUGAACAUAUUUUAUCACACAAAUAAACGUACGAACGUUUUUCUCGGAAAACGUGAAUAGUGGUAGAUUUAUAAAUAUUCAUAAUAAAUUGAAAAAAAAUGAAAAAAAAAUCUACGAAUUUUUCAGUAUUAAUUCUAUUCUGGAAUUUAUUAUGGAUAAAAUGUAAAACGUGUAUUGAACUCCUAAAAGUUUGUAUUUCAAAGGAGCAGUAUUAUUAUAACGAAUAUUGAUUGUAGAAUACUUGUGAACUUUUGAAAAUUAUGUUCAUUCAGUUCCAAUUUAAAAUUGCUUUGAUUAAAAACUAAACUUUACAAUUUUUCAAAAUCACUCACAUUUCUAUUACUAUUUAUUAUAUGAAUUAGCAUUUCAAUGGUCACAGUUUAAAUGAUGCGCUAAGCUCUACUUCCAAACAUAAUUUCCUUCAUAAUGUAACUGGUUAUGUUUGUUGAAUGCAUAAUAAUAUUGUAAUGUAGUUUAAAAUGUAUUAGAUAAAUAAUAUAUGAAUUUACUAUUGAAACAAAAUCAGCCUAGCUGUUAUGUACGUAUCUCACUGAUAACUCUAUAUUAAUAAGUGUAUUUAAGUACCAAAAUCGACUAUUAGAAACAAUAUUGUAUUCGAGAUACAUUUUAUUUUAGUUACAAGUAUUAAAUUUAUUUUUGUAAGCUUUACUGUAGCAUUUAAUUUUCAAAAAAUUCAAUUUAUACCGUGAUAAAUUGUGUAUUCUGAAUCAUCUACCUCAACUUCUUGUUCCUUGUUUUGACAAAAUAUAGGGUUGAUUCUUUAUGAAAGAAUGUGAUAAUCCUAUUUAUUUAGAUGUAAUCCAAUUUCUUACAUCCACUUCAUAAAAGCAAUUGAAAUUGAAUGGGGCUUCAAAGGAAAAAUUGAAAUGUAUUGAAACUUUUCAGAACUCAUCUUUUAGAUCUUUUGAAGUUCCAUACGAGAAAUGCCUUCUCAUUCUAUUAUAAUAAUCAUGCCAGCUCAAUCUUGACACCAGACUCUCGAUUGAAGUCUAUAACAUUCUGAAAGAGGAUAGUAAUCUCAAUUGAAAUACACAAUAUUUGAAUUUGAAUUAGUACCAGUAUUAAUUUACACCUGAAGACCUAUAAGAAAUUGACAGUUAUGUUUGAGUUGAGCGUUUGAAACAAUUUCAUUGGAACAAACAAAUUUACUAUAGAAAUGGAUGAAGAAAUGUGAUUACUUCUAAAAAAGAACACCUAAAAGCCUGCAUGCAAUGGAUAUUCUGUAAGGACUAGUUAAUCUCAAUCCAAAUAUUAAUAUUUAAUCACGGAUCUACUUGUACUGUACAUAAACCUAAGAUAUAGACAGCCAUUGUGUACUUUAUUAUUUAUUGUGUAGAAAUGUAAAAAGGACAAAUAUUUUUUUUAUGUACGAAUUUACGUGAAUUUAUAUACUGAAUGAAUUUAUAUAUCUGAGCGGUACAAUUAACAUAGAAAUAAAUGAAUUCAUUUUAUAAAGAAA